CAUUCCUCACGGAGUUAAACAAACACAGAGCACAGUCCCUGCCUCCCAGACACUGCAGCGUAGGGACGCUUUGCUGCUCUGACAUCUGUUAUUAGCGGCGUGGAGUCAGACCUGAACUGUGGCAGCUUGGCAAACAAGGGAGGAAUUCUGAGCUGGAGAGAGAGAGAGAGAGAGAGACAGAGAGAGAGAGACAGUGUGUGUGUGUGUGAGAGAGAGAGACAGUGAGAGAGACAGUGAGAGAGAUUGAGACCCUCUGAGAGAUCUAGACAGGGUUUGAGCUGAUUCUCUACCCUGUGUCGCUGAUCCUGCAAAGCUUCCUCCCGGGUCCGAGGCGAUAACCUGUUACCCCGCUCCCCCUCCCCCUCCCCCUGCUGUCUGACCCAUCCCCCUCUCCCCCUACCCCCCUCGAGGACACCAUGUUGACCCUGACCCUGCUCCUGGCCCUGACACUCCCGCACCUUCACACUCAGCAGGUCGACGAAGCUGUCAGUUACACGGAGUGUACUGAUGGUUAUGAGUGGGAUUUCCAGAGGCAGCACUGUCGAGACAUUGACGAGUGUGAGACCAUCCCCGGGGCGUGUAAGGGCACCAUGAAAUGUUUCAAUCACUAUGGAGGUUACCUGUGCCUCCCUCGCUCGGCCUCGAUCAUCACCCACAACGACGUGGGUCCCGAUGGACAGGGGGGUCCGAACCCCCCACUCCCCCCGGACGCUGCCUCUCAUCAGCAGCCCCCUGCUGGGGGCUCCGGCCCCUGCUCGCAGGGGUAUACCCUCAACCAGGAGGAGCAGUGCGUAGACAUCGAUGAGUGUGAGCUGGACAUUCACAGCUGCCAACCCAGUCAGGAGUGCGUCAAUACCGAUGGUGGCUUCAAAUGCAAGUGCCCAGAGGGGUACCGCCUGGUUGGCACUGAGUGUAUCGACAUUAAUGAAUGCCGCUUUCGAUACUGUCAGCACCGAUGUGUGAACUCCCCGGGCUCCUUCACCUGUCAGUGUGAGCCUGGAUUUACGCUGGGUCAGGAUAACCGCUCCUGUGUUGAUGUGGAUGAGUGUGCGAUGGGAGCACCGUGUGAACAACGCUGCUUCAACACCUACGGCUCCUACGUCUGCCGCUGUGAGCAGGGCUACGAUCUCUCCGACGAUGGGCAGAGCUGUAAAGGUAUCAACUGGGGGAGGGGGGGGGGGGGGGGGGGAGACACCAGAUUACAG